GAAUUCAAGGAGAGCACAAUGAAGGAAGAAACCCCAAAAUCUAAGGAAGCAAACACCUACAAAAGCACAAGUGAGACUACCGAAUCUGCAUCGGAGGACAUACCGGAUUUAAGUGACGAAGGAGUGUCUCACAAUGAUUUUAAGGAUGGAGCUUGGUCUCAAAAAGAUGCUCUCAUAUUAGAGACAUUAUCUGAAGACGCUAUCAUACGUUUGGGUAAUGAACUCUUAACAAACUUAACCGCUGGGAUAUCGCAACGACAUGUCGGUUCCAUACUUCUUUUAGCUUUCCAUUUACAUGCUCCAGGAAUUGGAAAUACUGAGAGAAUUGUAUCAGUAGACAAGCUAGCAAGAGAAAGAGACUCUGAACUGAUGAGCCUUGAAAAUACAGUUACAUAUAAACCUGGGAAACCUUGUACAGUAUCAGAGAAGGGAACAAAGUUUGAGAAAGCAAGAGCUUAUGCUUUUAUAGCAGCUUCAAUGUUAAAGAUGUUUACAAGAUCAUCAGAAAACUAUUGCCGUUCUUGGACUCAUAUCUUGAAUGGACACCGGAAGUUUUACUUGAUCGAGACCCCUAUUACAGCACCUAAACCACUCGGAAAAGUCCUGCAACAGAUUCGCCAUCACUUCUCUGUUUCAGAUAUAAUGAAAGCGACAUUAUACAGAAUUCUGUAUAACAUGAAUGAAGGUGGCAAUAUUACAAGUGUUCAGAAGUAUCUUUAUGAUAUUCAUCUGUCUCAUACAGGGAUGCACAUUGUACCAAUAGCAUACAACAUUUGUCUUGCUAUGAAUGUUUCUCCUGGAGACCUGAUUCGGGCCAUAUACUCUCCAAGUUUUCAUCCCCAAAUUGUUGCCUUGGUCGCUGCAUUCAAUCUGAUGAUGAAUCAUGAUGAAGAACACACUAGACAAAUGUGGAAAUAUGGAAGAAUAUUUGAGAGCAAGUUUUUCUCAACAUUACAAACUCGAUCCUGUCGCAAACUUUGUUUUACCUUAGCUUGCAUACUGAAACGGGAAAGGGCAAGGUCUCAUGCCAGAAUUCUGGAUAUCAAACAGUUUGAGGCGAUCAGUCAAGAAGAUCGAGAGAAACUGGAAGAGGGGGCCAAGUUAAUAGUUAGAGCUUUGAACAUCAUAGCAUUUGGCGAGCCUAAAACCUUGGUGGACUAUAUUUUCAGUGCCUAAUUUCUUCGAGGGAAGCUGCCGCAUCUUCUUCUCUGUAGAUAUACAAUAUACAGCCUUCCUCUGCAAGCUCUACACAGCUGCCUACUUGCGCAAUUUGUCUUGAGAGACUAGACCAAGAUACUCUGCUGGAAUUCUCGCUACAAUCUGCAAUCACUCCUUUCAUUGCUCUUGUAUGUCUAAAUGGAUUGAUUCUUCUUGCCCGGUGAGUGCUAAUGUUCCUACCAUGAUAUAUUGAUAUUAUAGGAUUUGUUAGUGUCAUGACUAAACAUCUAUCAAACUGGAGAGAACAUUUUUUUUGUCUUUGGCAUCUAUUAGAUCUUUUUAAUUGUUGGCAUGUGCUUCUUCUGGGCAUCACAUGUGUGUGAGUCGAGUUUAAGACAAACUUGUAUCCGAGGGGAUGAAACAUCACAAUUCAAAGCCUUUUUUCACAUUACUCCUUCUGUGUCAUGUCUUAUGUGUUAUUCAAAUAUCCCAAGAAUAUAGAAAGGCACGAGGUGAUCGAACAAUAUGCUAACUUGAUAACUAGCCUACAAGAAAGAGUUUCUCAACUUGAAGCUGAAAAAGGGAAAGAUAGAGAUAUAGAAGGAAAGGGAAUUUGUUCUAUUAAGCAACUGUUUUUGUGGAUGGGUGAAGAAAAUACAAGGAGAAAAAUGAUGUUGAUAAAGUGGUGUUGAUUGAUAAAGUUGAUGAGUAAAGGUUUUGCAUUGAUGAUAUGUACUUGAUACUUUAUAUUUGAUGGUUAAUUUUAGGUAUGAAAUUUGUAUUUAUAUUUUUAACAAGAUUGCUGGAUGAAAUAUUUGAUUUUAAAUGUAAUAAAAUUUAUUGAAUUUUAA